AUGUCACCGACACUGGGUCUUCUUUUAAUUUUGGUAAUUUCUGGUUUCUUUCACGAAUCUCAGGCGGCACCUAGGCGAUGUGGAAACGAUAUAGACGAAUGUUUUAAAAAAUUACGACUGGAAUAUGAAAGAUUUAUCGAAGCUAUUAACCGUCGACAACAAAGGUUGAGCGGUACGACCAAGCCAACAACUCAAGCCCCUGGACCUCGACAGUAUUUCCUGCAUUUCGGG